AUGGCAGAAUCAGAGCACGCUUCCUUAGCGGGGAACCAGAAUGGGGACGUCAAGAAACCUGAGAAGGAUGAAGAAGUUUGGUCUCCCAGUGGAUCAGCAUGGCGAGACUUUUUAUACUUUUGCGGGCCAGGAUGGUUUGUGAGCAUUGCCUAUGUUGACCCUGGUAAUUAUCAGGCGGAUAUCCAGGCUGGAGCGACAACUCGAUAUUAUCUGUUAUUCUCUGUUUGGUGGUCGACUCUGUUGAGUAUCUAUAUCCAGUGUUUGUGUGUCAGGCUAGCAUUCUACGGAAAGAUGAAUUUGGCCCAAGCACAGGCCAAGCACGUUGGCUCCAGUCGGAUGAUGAGAUAUCUCAAUUGGGCCAUUGCAGAGUUCAGUACCAUCAUCACGGACCUACCCGAGGUCAUUGGAUUUGGAAUUGCUUGCAACAUCAUCUUUGGUUGGCCCUAUUACGUGGGUGUCCUGCUCUCUCUCCUAACCACGAUGAUGUUUCUCGCGACCAUGAAUUAUGGCAUGAAAGUGCUGGAAGGGAUAGUCUUUUUAUUCGUCUUUAUCAUGGCAGUGGCACUCUUUGUGGAGAUGAGCUUUGUGGGCGUGAAUACUGGAGAAUUGUUUGAAGGAUGGUUCAUUGGUUUUAAAGACGUCACAGGAGAAGAUGUCUUUUCCAUCACGGGAAUCUUGGGAGCUGUUGUCAUGCCCCACAAUCUAUAUCUACACACGGCCGCCCUGCAGUCGAGAAAGGUGGAACAAAAGGACGAGUCCAUCAGAAUGGCUGUGAAGUGGUCGUCCUUUGAGACGGUGAUACCCAUCAUCUUUAGCUUCUUCAUGAACAUGGCUGUGAUUGCUAUAGCAGCUGAACGGGUCUACGGUCAGGUCACAGACGGAGAGCAAGUAGGUCUCACUGAUUUUUGUGAGUUCUUCAAAACAAUAAAGGGAGGCUGCGCUCUUUGGGCUAUCGCUCUGUUGGCGGCUGGGCAAUCCAGUGCAAUCACAACAACCUACACUGGGCAAUACGUUAUGGACGGGUUCUUGAAUAUUCAGCUUCCUGUGUCUGCAAGAGCUAUUGUGACUCGACUAGUUGCCAUCACGCCUUGUGUGAUUGUUUCGGCGGCUUUUCCGGAUAAUCUCAACCAGAUGGUAAACGUCGUCAACAGCAGCCUUGCAUUCUUGUUGCCCUUUGCAUUCACACCAUUAGUCAAGUACACAUGCAGCCAUGAGUUAAUGGGAACCGGGGUCGCACCCAAGUGGGAAAAAUACUUGCUUUACACCUUGUGCUUUGUUGUUUGGGCCAUCAAUGCGAUUGCCUUCUCAGCUGAAGGCGGAGGAUUGUUUGCUGACAGAUCAAGCAACUAUUACUUGAGGAGCAGCACUGCAACUUCUAAAGAUCAUGGAAGCAUGGAUCGGCUGUCGGUGAAGCUUGACCUUGCCAAGAGCUUCCUGGCAGACCAGGACUUCUCUUGGAUCCCCCUUGAAGGGGAAUCUCACCCGCCACAGUGGCCUCUGGAUUCGAAACCUGACAGAAAGAAGAAGACUACAACUACUCCGUGGCAAAAUAUGGUUGGAUAA